AUGUUUGUAGCUCACAAAACCACUCUAAUGGCUUUAUCCUUGUCGCUGCCCAAGCACUGUGUUCGCACCUUACCUUAUCACAUUAGUCUUCCUUUGUUAUCUCACCAUUGCCACCUUAGCGUUUUCUCAGUUUGCUCAUCUGCCGUCAAUCACCGUCCCCGCCGUGGGCUGCGCCUUGCCAGCUUUUCCCCCGUCGCCACUGAAAUUGCGGAAACGCCUGCUUCUCCGCCUCCCGUCGAUAGGGACGCCGCCGAGGGUAAAGUCGUCCUUCCCACCAACCAAUCAUCCGAGAGACUCCUCAAGAUUCGCCACACGUGUGCUCAUGUAAUGGCCAUGGCAGUUCAAAAGAUAUAUCCUGAUGCAAAAGUGACCAUUGGUCCUUGGAUUGAGCAUGGUUUCUACUAUGACUUUGAUAUGGAGCCUCUCACUGAUAAGGACCUUAAGAAAAUUAAGAAAGAAAUGGAUCGAAUUAUUGGUAAAAAUUUGCCUUUAAUCAGAGAAGAAGUUAGCAGAGACGAAGCCCAGAAAAGGAUCAUGGCUGUCAAUGAGCCCUACAAAAUGGAGAUUUUAGAAGGCAUUAAAGAGGAGCCUAUCACCAUCUAUCACAUAGGUCAUGAAUGGUGGGAUCUUUGUGCUGGGCCUCAUGUUGAAUCUACUGGCAAUAUCAAUAGAAAAGCUGUUGAGCUUGAGUCAGUUGCUGGGGCUUACUGGCGAGGAGACACAGAUAAGCCAAUGCUGCAAAGAAUAUACGGUACAGCAUGGGAGAGUGAGGAACAACUUAAAGCUUAUCUCCACUUCAAGGAGGAGGCUAAAAGGCGGGACCACCGUCGAAUUGGUCAAGAUCUUGAUCUCUUUUCUAUACAGGAUGAGGCUGGUGGGGGAUUGGUUUUUUGGCAUCCCAAGGGUGCUAUCGUAAGGCAUAUAAUUGAAGCUUCCUGGAAAAAAGUUCACAUACAAAACGGCUAUGAUUUGCUCUAUACUCCACAUGUAGCAAGAGCAGAUCUCUGGAAGAUUAGUGGUCAUCUUGAAUUUUACAAAGAGAGCAUGUUUGAUCAAAUGGAGAUAGAAGAUGAACAUUACCAGCUUCGACCAAUGAAUUGUCCUUAUCACAUAUUAGUUUACAAAAGGAAGCUCCACUCAUACAGAGAUUUUCCUAUCAGAGUUGCAGAACUUGGGACUGUAUAUAGAUACGAGUUAUCUGGAAGUUUGCAUGGCCUCUUCCGAGUUAGGGGAUUUACCCAGGAUGAUGCACACAUAUUUUGUCUGGAAGAUCAAAUUAAAGAUGAAAUCAGGGGUGUCCUGGAUCUUACGGAGGAAAUACUGCUCCAAUUUGGUUUCGAUAAAUAUGAAGUAAACCUCUCAACGAGACCUGAGAAAUUUGUUGGAGGCGACGAUAUUUGGGAUAAAGCAACAUCUGCUCUUAAGAAUGCUUUAGAUGACAAAGGUUGGAGUUAUGAGAUCGAUGAAGGUGGUGGUGCUUUUUAUGGCCCCAAAAUUGACCUCAAAAUAGAGGAUGCUCUUGGAAGGAAGUGGCAGUGCUCAACUAUACAGGUUGAUUUUAAUUUGCCUGAGCGGUUUGACAUCACGUAUGUUGAUUCAAACCAAGAGAAGAAGCGACCGAUAAUGAUUCAUAGAGCAGUCCUUGGCUCCUUAGAGCGGUUUUUUGGAGUUCUUAUAGAGCACUAUGCUGGAGAUUUUCCGUUAUGGCUUUCCCCAAUUCAAGCUCGGAUUUUACCGGUGACUGACACACAGCUGGAGUACUGCAAGGAAGUGAGUGAAAGACUGAAAGCUCAUGGCAUCCGUGCAGAAGUAUGCAGCGGCGAGCGACUGCCCAAGCUUAUCAGGACCUCGGAAAAACUUAAGAUUCCAUUAAUGGGUGUAGUGGGGCAGAAAGAGAUAGAGACUCAAACAGUCACAGUCAGAUCGAGGUUUGGUGGUGAAUUGGGAACCAUGGGAGUUGAUGUAUUUAUUAGCAAAAUGAAGGAUGCAAUUGAAAACAGGAGUUUCUUUUAA